AAGUACAUAGAUUUUUCCGAGUGAAACCUGGAAAGACAUUUGAAGUGGACCGAGGCUCGUUUUGAACCAAUUUAUUUUUAUCGAAUAAUUCCCUUAAUGUUGAAUCUUGACCGUCUAUUAGAAGAACCGUUGUUUAGCGGGUUCCACGUGGUUCCUUAGCCCUUUCUCUCGUUGGAUUGUGCAAAGUACAGUUAUAUAUAUGACUAACAGUCGCAAUUGCGAAUCCAAAUUAUUAAUCAAAAUCAGCGAGAAAAUGGGGAAAAUCAACGGCUAUGAAACAAGCAGCGGUGGUUUUCGGGGCACUAGCGGUUGGAUGGCUUGCGAUGGAGAUGACAUUUAAGCCCUUCCUGGACCAGGCUCGUGCUGCCAUGGACAAGUCUGACCCUGAACGCGAUCCCGACGACAUGGACGUGCGCCAGGUUGAUCGUGAUCGCGAAAUCAAAGACGUCGUGGAGGGCAACGAUGAUUUUCCUAGUCGGAGGCCUAUACUGAUGCCGUCGCCAAGAACGCACCGCUGGCAUAAAUUGUAAGGUGCAACUGAUUAAACAAAACUUUUGGUGAUUGGUCCGAGUAGUUAGAAUUAUGUGGCUUUCUUUUUUGUGGCUUUUGUUAUUAUUAUUAUUAUUAUUAUUUUAGAAUUAUGGCUUUUAAAUUUUAGGAUUAAUGAAAUUAUUACAGUUAGGGAUUAGCAAUUUGAAGUGGUUGCUACUAGUUUAGCUUGUAUUGUCCUUUCAAUUUACGUAAGAGCGUGAGUAUUUUGAUCCCUACUAGUUCUGUUUCUUCUACAUUAUUAUUUUGUCCUUUAUUUUUUUUUUUUUGGAAAUAAAGCAUCUGUUUUUGAAUUUGAAC